AUGACCCCCGAGGAAGAUUCCAAAGAUGCAAAAGACAAUAAGCGCCACGUCUCGUUUUGUGAGAUUCAUGUGGUGGAACUGCCCGUGAUUCUGGGAGAUCAUCCAUGCUGUCGUGAUGGUCUUCCUGUCCAACCAGGAUGGGAAGCUUCGGAUCGGUAUUCGGUAUCUAUUGAUACCUUUGAAGCAACAAGAUUGCCACAGCGUCGUAGCAACUUAUUCCUCCCCAAAUUUCAUCGAGUAAAACUAAUCCGAAACGUCCCAUUUCGAGACGACGAAGCCAACCCUCGAGCGAUUCACAGCCUGGUCGCCGAGAACAGCUUUGAGAAGACUACCGACAUCAAAAUGGUGGAAGAUCGUUUGAGUGAUAGCAACACUAGAUUUUCCAUAUUUCAGUUGGAGCUGGACGAAUUGAAAGAAGUACGAGAAGAGGAACGAAUCGGACGGCGCCGACGCCAUCAACAGCGCCAACGACAACGCCAGGCUGUUGCAAAAUUGAGACUAUACAAUGAACAAAUGCGCCUCUAUUGCUUAUUCCAUCAAGAUGCUUGA